AUGCUACUUAAGCCCAAAUAUGGCCGCUUUCGCAACGACUCUGUGACUUCCUCUGAUGAUCUGAUGCAGAGCUUAGCAAUGAGUGGCAAGGUAAUGGGUCCUUCUUCUGUUCCGGACUCACCACUGCCAUCCGAGGAGCCGACUGCCAUUCCUCCGCCCGUAGUACAGCCACUGACUGAAUCUACAGGCAUGGACGUUGAGCCGGACAGCACCACUACCUUUUGCAUGCUUAUUCCUAAAAUGCCUCAGUGGAAGUUCUCCAACUCAUUGCUUAGUCGCAGCCCAUCUAGCAGUAGCUCUGGUUCGAGUUGUAGCAAGGAUUCUGGCAAAGCCUCCACAACUGAAGCAUCUUCAGCCUCCUCUUGUAUAGCCGUAGCUGCCAGUGGACCUGUGGCCAGUCUUGCUGCUGUCCUCAACUCCUGUGACCCUGUGUGUGUGGGUCCCUGUUCCCUGCAGGCCAUUAGCAGGCAGAGGGCUGUGGUUGGUUCCACCAGUCUUAGAGGAUCCAGAGGCAUGGGAACUGAGGAGGGGAGUGCAGGUGGUGGAAGCUUUCAAAACAAGACCAAAGUGGAGGGCCUGUGGCUGGGUGGAGAAGACCUUAGUAACAAAGGUAGCUUUAUCCAUAAGCCCUCCCAGGGCUGGUUGGACCCAGACAAGAAGAUCGGCAGCACAGGGGCCUCCUACAUUGUCAGAUAUAUGGGCUGCAUUGAGGUUCUCAAAUCAAUGCGUUCCUUGGACUUUACUACAAGAACACAGGUGACUAGGGAGGCCAUCAAUAGGCUGUGUGAAGCUGUUCCAGGUGGAAAGGUUGCCUGGAAGAAGAAGGCUGCCAACAAGGCCCUUCAGGCUAUCAUGGGAAGGUGUAACUUACGUUUUGCUGGCAUGAGCAUUGCUGUUAACAUCUCAAUAGAAGGCCUAAGUUUGCUUGUCCCUACCACAAGACAGAUGAUAGCACAUCAUCCUAUGCAGUCUAUCUCAUUUGCUUCUGGAGGAGACAUGGAUACACCUGAUUAUGUUGCAUAUGUGGCCAAAGAUCCAGUAAAUCAAAGAGCCUGUCAUAUUUUGGAGUGCUGUGAGAACCUUGCACAAACUGUAAUCAAUACCAUUGGUCAAGCCUUUGAGCUGCAAUUUAAACAGUACUUGCAUAGCCCACCCAAUGCCAGUCUGGACAGGAAUAUGAAGACAGAAGAAACAACAUGGGAUGACGAGGUUUUGGAGCAUGAUUAUUACAACAGCAUCCCAGGGAAAGAGCCUCCACUCGGGGGAGUAGUGGACUCAAGACUAAAACCACCUGCAGGAUUGCUUGGACAAAUUCAUAGCCUGCCAAUAAGUAAAACCUUUCAGAAUGGAUCUACAGUUAAAAGAGAUGUGGUCUCACUCCCAGCUACUCAACCAUGUUAUGAAAUGCAUUGGGACAUGGAGAACACCAAUAACACAAGUUUGACAUGUGAUGGGUAUUUGAGAGCAGAUGGGCAUCCUCCUGGUAGUCGUGAUUAUGAAGAGCACCUGUAUGUGAAUACACAAUGUCUAAAUAACAUAGGGUCUUCAGCAGAUGCACAGGGAAGAUUUGAACCUGACAGCCCCAAAAAGGAUAUCUUUGAUAUGAAACCAUUUGAGGAUGCUCUGCGCUUGCAUAAGUCUGGUGGCAUGAGCCUGCUGGAGAAUCAGUGGCCAAGCCCACCAAGCCGCCGUGCCCCUGUAGCCCCCACUGAGGAGCAGCUCUCACAAGAGGCCUGGUAUCAUGGGCGCAUGAGCCGACGUGAUGCUGAGAAACUCCUCGUCCGAGAUGGUGACUUUUUGGUCAGGAACAGUGCCAACAACCCAGGCCAGUAUGUACUAACGGGAAUGCACUGUGGUCUGCCGAAACACUUGCUGCUUGUGGACCCUGAAGGAGUGGUACGUACAAAAGACAUGCUGUUUGAAAGCAUCAGUCACCUCGUCAACUAUCACCUGAGCAACAAGUUGCCGAUUGUAGCAGCUGAAAGUGAGCUUCAUCUCCAACAGGUGGUGUGCAAAAAGCAAUGACCACAAAAACCAGUAUAAUAAACAUUUUUAUUUUUAAUUUUAUGUUAUAUUUUAUUUUUAAGUUUUCUCUCAGGUUAUAAUACAGCCAGAGAAAGUGCAACCAAGUCUCUGGGU